AUGGAGAGUCUCCAGCUGUCUCAGGUGCUCGCUGACUUGAGCAAUCUUGGAGCUGCGGAACCCGAGGCUGCCGCCGCCAUCGUCAACGCCAAUGUCCCCAUUGUCAAGGCAGAACAAUUAGCCGAACCGAAGACCUCUGCACCGAGCCCUCAACCGCCGCGCCCGACCAACAUGAAGCGAUCGUGGUCAUCCGAGGCUGGUGUCCCCCCCAAGUUUGACAAGCUAGGUCGACGAAUCCUGAUUAAUUCAGGGUCCCGAUCUGGAUCUGCCGCAAACUCAUCUCCUGGAACGCCUCGACUGAGCGAGUCUAUUGUUGACGAUGACCUGGAAAGAGCAUCUACCCUCAUGGCUCUUUACGACAUCCGCGCCAAGAUAAAGCAGCAGGACAACAGCAGCCUCAUGAGAGCCCGCGAGAAGAUCAACGCCCUAGCCGCCAAGCAACAGGCUGCUGACCGUAGUAUGAAGGCCUCCGACGAGCUCCGGCGCCAUCGAUAUUCUUUUCCCAAGCCCGGUCUGUAA